AUGAAACGCGGAUUUCUGAAAACCGCAAAGGCGAAGAAGACGGAGGGUAUCGCGCUCCCGCCAGUCGCAUUGACUCCACCCAGUUUAUGUGUGGCACCCAAGGGAGAUGGCUUUUUCGCUCCACGACCUGUUAUCAAGUUACCUUAUGGGAAGGUUGAGACCAGUAAUGUAGCCUCUCUCGUUGACUUUGUGCAACCUAACAUUGUAACAGCGCGGCCGACGGAGGGCGUUGUUUCUAAGAAGCUUUUCGGUCGCGAAUUCCCCGGAGACACCUUAAAUUACAGCGACAACACGAUGGUCAUCACUACUCUCCCGCGCGUGAAAUCUGGCGCUACACUGGACGAUGAACCUGACAAUUGGACCGAAUGUAUCUUGGCUGGGCCCGUCAAGCAGCGAAUCCUCAGCACCCCAGGAUUUCCGCAGCCCGUAGAGAAAACUGCAGGCGAGAAGGUAAACCAUCGUGUCGGGCCUUCGCCGUUUGGUGGACUUGGGGUGUUCGCCACGCGUCCCCUCCGCACAGGAGACCUCAUUGUCGCCGAGAGGCCUCUUCUGAUCUCGAAGCGCGGUAUAGAAAUGACUCGCUCGAAGGGUCUUACCCAGGCGGAGAUGAUACAGGUUAGUAUGCAAGAGUGGGAGGAACGCCUUGGCGUCGCGUUGAAGAGGAUGACGGAUGAAAACCGGAAAGCAUUCAUGGCCCUGGCGAACAGUCAUACUGAGGACGGGAGUGGGCCGAUUCUAGGAAUCAUUCGCACCAAUGGAUACAAGGUAGAAGGCUUGUACGAUGAUCACGAGAACGACGACGACAGGGCUUAUUCUGCUGUUCUGAAUGUCAUGUCAAGGAUCAACCACAGCUGCUCCCCUAAUACUACGCAUCAUUUCGACAUGGCUUCCCUUUCCUUCCAUCUUCGAGCGAUUCGGGACACCGAAGAAGGAGAAGAGUUGUCCAGCUCAUACUGCAACAUUUUCCAAACCAAGAGCGAGCGUGCUGAGCUGCUAGCACCCUACGGGAUUGUCUGCGCAUGUACCGGAUGUGUCGGAGCAACCAAGGAGACAGAUUUAUUCCGCACGGAGAUCACAAAACGCUUCCAAAAAAUUCAAGCUGACCACCUCGUUUGGACGAAGGAUCACUCUCGCCCGAACCCACUGGCAGCCUCCCUCCAGCUAAUAGAGGAGAUGGAAAAAGAAGGUCUGAGGGCUGCUCCGCUGUUCUUCACGCUGCUGGCGAUAGUUGCGAAUGUCUACUCGGCGGUCGGACACGCAGAUGACGCGAUCAAGUACUUGGAAAAGCUCGACGACUAUUGCAGGGCAUCUACGGGGCGCUCAAUGGAAGAUAACGGUUUGGGCGAAGCUGCCGCUAUUCUAAAAGAACUGAAGUCCGAUUCAAAGUGCUCAAAAUGUCUCGUGUGCAACCCUGUAUAA